AUGAAAGGUCGCGCGCCUCUCCCGGUCCCCUCCGGUCCUCAAUCGCUCCAGAACGGCCAUUCCCGCACUCCGUCCGGCUUCGACAUGGCUGCCCGCAGCCCUCCCAAUCAGAGCAAUACCAAGCAUGUGCCUUGCAAGUUCUUCCGUCAGGGUGCUUGCCAGGCCGGGCCUGCAUGUCCAUUCCUUCACUCCACUGAUGCAGCAAUAGACUAUGCGCCUUGUAAAUAUUUUACUAAGGGCAACUGCAAAUUUGGAGCGAAGUGUGCGCUGGCGCAUAUUCUGCCUGAUGGCCGGCGUGUCAAUCGUCCCAGUCCGGGAAUGGGAAUGGGUGGCGGCCACCUGAAUUUAGGCGGUCGUGUUAAUCCGCAAGCCUAUGUGAAUCAAGACUCUGCGUUGACCAACUCGGUUCUGUCGCAGCAGCGAAUGAACGGCCAGGACCCAAGAUAUGCCCCCCAACUCCCGCCUCAGGACGAAUACACUGCCCUGCAGUCACCACCGUCGCAACAACCGCCCUUUGAUGCGAUUCCCACAAUUGAUACCGGGUUGACGUCCGACACUAAUUCCAAGUACGGGUCUCCUGUCGAUGAUGUACGAUUCCCUAUGUCACCCAGUCACCGCCAUCUGACUGCCCUUGAUGCCCCACUUCCUGCGUCUUUCGACAGCCAAGGCAUUUCGCACGCCGCUCGCUAUGGCCCAGUUGCGGCUUCCAUGCCAUCAAAGUUUGGGUUGGAGCUGUCGCCUCCAGCACAGAGGAUAGGCGCACCGUCAGAUACCCUUCGGACCCUUCGAGACACAGCGUACGGGUCCGAUCUCAGAAAAUCAUCUUUCAUUGGGUCAUCCCCUCCCACUCUGCCAGAGGAUGGAUUGGGACCACGUUUCCUGCAUUCCCAACGGCCCAUGAAGACACGAAUGUUGUCUGCAAGUGUGCCGCGACCUACAGCUCUAGAUGACUGGGACGAUAGCAAUUUUCCAAUGGAAGAAGAUUACUUGCCGAUAAAUCUGCACGACGAUGUUCUUACCCCGCAAGAGCGACUUCGGCGUCUUUCGCGCACGGACCACGAUUUGAGUUCCAGCCACCGCGAGCUCAACGGCUUGGGCAUGACCGGCACCAGUUUCUCCAAAAUUGGCUCUCCCCUGGCGUCCAGUCCGUCUCGGUUUGGGGCCUUGUUCGCCAAGCAGCGGCAAAAGCGGGAGGAAGAUGCACACGGCACUUCUCUUUCACACAUCGGCUCGCCUUUGCGGGAAUCUUCAUUGAAUUUAGGCACCAGCCCUAGCCUGGGCCCAAUUGGUAGCCGGCAAUUCUCUGGAGACAUCUCUCCGUUUGUUGCGAGUGCUCCUCGCCAAACAUCAAUGUCCAUGAUCUCGCAGCAGCUCAGUGGCAUGUCUCUUCACCCCGGCCCCCCUCGCUACUCGGCAUCUGCAGGCCCGAGCAGCCGCUUGGACCGUACUGUUUCAUCGCCGGUAAGCACCAGCAAAAUCGACGAAGAGCAAAGCGACUUGGUUUUCUCCAUGGAAGAGGAAGAGAACAACAAGCGAAAUAGCAGUUCCUGGGGGGCCCAAAAGGCAGAUUCGAACGACGAUGUGCCCACAACCACAAGUAACCCAGAGUUUCAGCCUUGA